AUGGGCAGUGGAGGUGGUGGAAGUAUGAACUGGGAUGGCUCUUCCCAGAUUUCCAAGUCUGUUAAAGGUUCAGGGAGGUGGGGGAAGAAGAGCAGCAGAGAGGAGAAGGGAGUGUGGGGGGAGAGGAGUGUUGGGAUGGAGAAGAAGAGGGUGAUGGUGGUGGUAGACCAAAGUGGCAAGGCUAAGGAAGCCAUGAUGUGGGCAUUGACUCAUGUGGCUAACAAAGGGGACUUCCUCACUCUCCUCCAUGUCCUGCCUCCCCACAACCCUCACAGGGAUGGAGACUCUGAUCUGCACAACCUUGCAUGGUCGCUUGGCGCACAGUGCAAAUCCUGCAAGCCUGAGGUGGAAGUGGAGGUGCUUGUAGUGGAAGGACCAAAGUUGCAAACUGUUCUAAGCCAAGUCAGGAAGCUGGAAACAUCUGUUCUAGUAUUGAGCCAGUGCAAACCCUCCCUUUUCUGUUGUUUGUUUAAGACAAACAGUGACUUCGUAGAGCAGUGCAUUGAUGAAGCUCAGUGCCUCACGAUGGCUGUGAGGAAGCAAAGCAUGGGAGUGGGUGGAUACCUGGUCAGCACAAGAUGGAAGAAGAACUUCUGGCUCCUGGCCUGAUGAAAACAAGUCAUGGCACAUCCUUCUCAAAGUUGCCUAACAAUCUUAGCAUUGCUGUAAGAUUAACUACCAUAAUAGUUGUAGUCCCAGAACCAAGUCAACAGUUAAAAUCUAGUGUGUAUGUCUAUCGAUUUGGAGUAUCCAUUGAUGGAAGAUAACAAGUUAAUAAUCAAUCUUGCUGUCUGCAGUGGGGUUAGUAAAAGUUGUUAUACGCUUGUCAUACCAUCAAAUAUCAUAGCAUAAUUUGUACUAAUAGCAGAAUCUCAAAAUUCAUAUAGCUAACAUGAUUCAUAUAUUAUAAAUGUGCUACAGAAAGUAAAUAUGACAAAACAAACAAUAAAGACACAUUUGUAUAUGAACAGAGCCGCGCUUAGAGUAAAUGGAUAUAACACAUUUGGGGGCAGAAUGGCUUGCCCCGUGUAAGGAGAUCAUGUUUAGCUCUAUCAAAUAAACCUUCAAACUAUUGAGGAUUUCUAUGAAGCAAUGGUGCAACUUUAAAGUCUAAACUCAAUCUUCCUUACAACUUAUGAAGGGAAAGCCACUCUAUUCAAUGGCAAAGGGUACACAGAGUUUGUAUUCCUGCCUUUGAGGUAACACUGGAUGCUGAGAGCUUAUGUUGAAGAUAACAAGAAAGUACAGCCUAACAAAGUCACAUAAAUCAUUAAAAAAAGAUGAGCACUCUGAGGAAAAUAACAAAUUAGAUAAUGAUUUGUGUUAAGGUUGCCUGCCACAUUGAAUGUAAUAGCUAGUUGUAGAAUGGAUGUGAAAGAACACUGAUAACUUGAAAAGAGUAAUUAAUGAGGGCAAUUGACUAGGAACAAACAGGUGUGAGCAUAACCAGUCAACUAUUUCCAACUCCUUGCAUAAAAAUUGCCGGUACUGCUAAAAUUAUUGUUUCAAAAGUUGCUAUGUAGUAUAAAGUAAUUAUGCUACAUAUGAGAAUCCAAUCAACUUACUAUGGUAUCUAAGAGUAAACCAGAACUUUGAGGACCAAGUUCAAACUUUACAUUGAAACUGGUAUCUUUUUUUUAUUAAUAAUUAUUUGUCCAUCUCAUGGAUGAGUUGAUAAAGUUUUUGUUAAUGCUAAACCAUUUUAAUUUCCAAUCAAUGCUGUGAAAGGCUCAAGAAAGAUAACCCCAAAAACUAACUACAUUACUUUACACGGGGAAUUUGGGAACUUAAUGACAUAUCUAAUGAGAUAGCAAAAUCUCACAUUUGCCUUUAUUAAAGAUGAGAAUAUAAGUAAUAUGCAUUAGGUUGCUGACAAAAAUCAGCAGCUCAGUUAGAAUAAAUUCAUAUAGUUUAGUCUAAACACAGCCAGUGAAAAGCAAAAGAUUCAUGAUUCUUCUUGUAAUACAGAUAGAGAAGAGACUCUGCUAGCAUAGUCUUGUAGAGGUAGCAAGGCAGCAAAAUAGAGCAGCACAGAGUCCAAGUUAAAACAAUAUCCCCAAUAACGGACACCAGUGAGAUCCAUAUGCAUUACCUGAACGUUAUUCAUGAAAGUGAGCACAGAAAAAUAUCUGUGAAAAAAAAUUGCUCAAGUGAUGAUUCAAACCAUUUGAAAUCCUUAUUGAUGAUGUACAAUCUAUAGUAAGGAAGCAGCAAGAAGACAUAUUGUUGCGAGAAUCAAGAAUUUAAUUGUCCACGUAAUGAUAUUGACACAAAAUAAAACACUAAAAAUAUCUACCUCAUUAAGAUUUUACCUCAAUAAACAGCAUAAUCUUAGGCAAUUUGACAAUACUAUACCCUGUGACAAUUGUGGGAAAAGACAACCCUCACCCCGGGCCCCUCCAAGACCACCCCAAACACAUUGGAAGGGAGUAAAUCAUGGAGCCAUUUGCGGAGGCCUAGCACAGGGUAAAGCCCGCGAUUGGAACCCACCACCUAUUGUGGCAACUCCUCCCGUGGGCACUAUACCCUGUGACAAUGAAACCUAUGAAUAUGAACUGGAAGCACAAUAAUAUUAGAGGAAACCUAUUCUUAAAAGUUACGUUUUUUUUAAGAGUAGACUAAUAAAAUUAUUGAUUAACACGCUUUUCUCAUGUUCUGAAAUGGAGUUCAUCUCGAAAACACC